CACACAGAGCUGCUGGGCUGUAUAAAAGGGGCCUUCGUGCCCGCCCGGAAGGUCCUGUUGUUGCCUAUACCAUCAUCACCUCGAUCAACAAGCAAGGACAGCCACUCGCUCAUCAUCUACUCGAUAUACUCAAAUACAAUAUCUGCCACUUAAUACCUCCAUAAUUACCUUCACCAAAAACCCACCACCCAAAAUGCUCUUCUCCAAGACCGCCCUCCUCUCCCUCCUCGCCGGCGCCGCCUCGGCCGCGCCCGUGCCCGAGGAGGCCCAGUCCAUGGUGGCCGCGGUGCCGCAGUGGACCAUCGCCAACUUCAAGCGCACGUGCAACGGGGCCGACACGUCGUGCACGGUCCAGUUCGCCGUCGACACGCACCUGGCGGCGCCCACGCCCUGCUCGUACGUCGUCAACGCGGCCUCGCGGGCGUCGCGCGCCACCACGAGCGACAUCACCUGCGGGCCGUACAAGGUCAGCUCCGGCUGGGACGGCUCGUGGGGCGAGGGCAACGGCUUCACCACCUGGGCCGUCGUCGACUUUGGCAACCGCCUCAUCGUCUGGCCCGCCUACACCGACAAGCAGCUCGUCAACGGCCAGGUCGUCAAGCCGGACCUGAGCUUCCAGCCCCAGUCCAUCAGCUGGUAGGCGUGGCCUUGCGAAAGCUGGUGCGGGGGAGUGGAGGGGUGAUUGUGGGGGAGGACACGGUAGGGUGUCGUUCAUGUCUGCAUAGGAACACGGGAUAUGCGCAUUUGGUACAUAUAAUGGUCUAAUGUUAAUAAUGAAUGACCCAUUACCAUGACUUGGGCUGUAUGCGCGCAGAGUAUACGUUGUGCUAAAUGGAAAUAAAGUGAUGUGUCCGACAUUUUACGUUAGGUUGACGAUAGAGCAUGGAAGUCCAGAUCUU